UAAUUUCCGAAAAUUAAAAGCAGUGCAUCUGAAACUGAGAGAAGAGAGUGAAAGGCCAAAACAAGCCCUAAGGCACCACCACAGAGCUUCUGCCAUUUCUUCUACAUCUCUUUCUUCUCGCCGCUCUCUUCUUAAUUCAUCACUCUCACUGUGUGACUGCGUGUUUUAUUUUUCUCGAUUUUUUCUUCUCUUCCCUGAUUUUUUCCAGGUAAACCUCAAUUUUAUUAUCCUCAUCAUUUAUCAUUAGCUAAUCAGCUUUCGUCCGCCAUUGUUACCUCUCCCUUUAAUUCUUCAAUUCAAUGUUUAAGCCCAGUGCAGUAUCCCUGCAUUCCAAUUUUAAAUUUUUGAAAGCUUUUAUUUAUGUGAGUAUCGUUUGGUAAUAAUUUUUAUGCAAUUCUUAUUACUGAGGAAGAGCCCUUCAGUGUGACCGACUUGGUCAUUAGCUUUGCUGGGCUAGGGGUUUUAAUUUAGUAUGCUGUUUUGGUUUUUUGUUUGAUUAAGAUUAGAUUUAGCGAUGUUUAAAUCUUUGGGAACUCGUCCAAAACCCUUUUGGAGUUUAUUGAUGAGUUGGAUAGAUGAGGCAGAGCAUGUUUUAAUUUGCAAAUCGAAAUUUUGUUUGGUUAGAAAGGUGUAGCUUACAUUUGUGUAUUAGGGGGAAGAAGAUGAAUGUGCCUGUUUGAUUAUGUAAAUGCCAGCAUUAGAUACUGGCGAUUGUUCUCUAGUUUAAGUGUAAGAUGCUGUAAUGCAUUACAAACUGCACUUUAAAUUCCAUGAAAGUACUGGGACUGAGAUUCUUUGGGUAAUGGAUCGACGCAGGAGUUGACGCAAGUUUAGUUUAAGCAAAUGGGGAGUCGAGAGGUUUCGGAUGACGAAGAUUUCAGUGAACUUUAUAAGGCAUACACUGGUCCUUUGGGUUCAAAAGCUGAUAAUUCCCCACCCGAGAGGACUGCGGCUGCUAAAAGAUCUCAUUUGGGACCUGAAGAGGAAGAGGAUGCCCCUGAUCCUAAUGCUGUUCCGACUGAUUUCACUAGCAGAGAAGCUAAGUUUUGGGAGGCUAAGUCUAAAGCCACGGAAAGAAAUUGGAAGAAAAGGAAGGAGGAAGAGUUAAUUUGUAAAAUUUGUGGAGAAUCGGGGCAUUUUACUCAGGUAAUAACAUUCGUUUCCUCUUAGAAUUUCGAUAUUUUGGCUUUAAUAACCUCCUUAUUAAUACUAAUAAUAAGAAUAGAAAUUAAUGGAGGAUUUAUCUGAGUUCGGGUUUUAUUUGGUGGUAUCUCUGGAUUGCUUAGGCUAUGUUUGGUAGUGCAGUUUGAGUAUUAAUAUUCUCCUAAUGUUUGAUAACCCUGAGUAUGCUUAUCGAAAGUUUCUGAUGGAUAGAGUAUGGGAAGUAGUGUUUGUCAUCCCUGUUACAUAGCCACCUUUUUCCCUUGUUAAAAUCAAUCAUGGAUGAUAAAUGAUUGGUGAAGUGUAACCAUGUACUCAUGCUAAGUAAACCAACUCAGGGUUGUCCUUCUACGCUUGGAGCAAAUCGGAAGUCCCAAGAUUUCUUCGAAAGAGUGGCUGCAAGAGAACCUCAUGUUAAAGCAUUGUUUACCGAGAAGGUUGUGAGUGAACUUGAGAAAGAUAUUGGGUGCAAAAUCAAGAUAGAAGAGAAAUUUAUUAUUGUCAGCGGCAAGGAUAGGUUGAUUUUGAAAAAAGGAGUCGAUGCCGUUCAUAAGAUUAAAGAAGAAGGUGAGAAAAAGGAUUCUUCUAUGUCUCAACUUUCAAGAUCCAGAUCACCUGAACGAAGAAGUCCUCCUGAAAGAAUAAGCCCUGUUACCUCUCGAUUCUCACGUUCUGACUCGCAGAGAUCUAAUCCCAGCCCCCAACGCGCCUCACAAUUCCAGAAUAGGUUUGGCAGACAAGAUAAAGUUGUGGAAGUCAGUGUGCGUGAGGAUUUGCAAAAGAUAGCUAGAAAUUCGCCCAAAGCUUAUGGUAGUGAAGGUGUUAGACGUCAAUCAAGCCAUUCGAGAUCUCCUGCACGUCCGCCUUAUCAAGUUAACAGUUAUAAUUCAUAUGACAGCCAUAGUCAAGGCCGGGGGAUUUACAGGACAGAAGCAUGGGAUACCGAGAGACAGUCAUCGGAGAUGCAGUUUGGACGUAAGUUUGACUAUCCUGCAUUCCCACAGACAUUAGAGGAACUAGAAUUAGAACAUAAGAGAGAGGCAAUGGAUCUUGCUAGGAUGCGGGAUAAGGAAGAAGAUGAAGAAAAUUACCGGCACCGUGAGGCCGUGAGAGAAAUUAGAGAGAAUUACAUGAAGAAGCUGGCCGUUUUGCGGGAGACUCAUGCAAAACAAUGGAAUGAGUUUCUUCAGCUGGAUGUCCAAAAGAGACAACAGCAGGUGCAGCAGCACUUGCCAGGUUCUGGGUUCAGUGGAUAUAAACAAUCCAGUUAUCCCGAGUAUGAUAAUUCUAUGAGCAAUCAUCAAUAUUCUGGAGGCAAUAUGUCUACGGACUCUAGAGGCAGGUAUCCAAAUUCAAUGGGGAACUUUCCUUCUUCAAGGCCUCACGAUGCUUAUGAUGACUUCCAACGUCAGAGGCGCGAUGACUAUGGAAAAACGUAUAAUCGAUAUUGAGUUGGUAACUUGGAGUUUAUGUAUGGUGAGUAGUUCUAACCUUAAAAAACAUGGGCAUUAAUGACUAGUGUUCCUAAUGCUUCACUUAAAACAAUAGUAUUCAUCAUCACUAGGCCAGUUCUAGGCACAACUCUGAUCCAUUUUGAGUGGUGUUUGUUGGGAUGUGAUCAGUUUGGCACCUGGAAUAUCUGUACAUAGCCUUUUGCAAUUGUGAAUAAUAUUUAUAUUGUUGCUAGGAUUCUGAGGAUAUAAGUUGGAUGGUAGGAUGACAGAUGCAGGAUUUGUACAUUUGGCUAUGUAGAAUCCUUUGUUUAAAUUUCAAGCACCUAAAUUGUCACUUCGAAAAAUUUCAGGAUGCAUUUGUUGCUUGGGUGCAACUAAUUUGGACAGGAGCCUGAAUGUAGGUAAGUGCAUUAAUUGGUGUUCCAGGACAGUGGAGAGUUCGCUUCAGUUGAGAUUAUUAAUUUAUUAUCGUAUGUAUGUAGAAAACGUCAAAGGUUUUCAAACAUCAAUGUAAUGAAAAAAAAAAUAAAAUAAAAUAGUCAGGCUUGGUUUGGUUUGGUUUGGUUACAUUUUGUGAUCAUCUGUUCUUGAGUACGACUUGAUGUUUCAAUUCGAUAAAGAAGACAUUUAUAGUUGUGCAAAUGUGGAUUAUCCUUUUAUUGUAAUCCAUUUUCACUUGAUUACGGUAGAUAUCCAAUUUUUUUACCCAAGCAAAUGAAUAGGUUCUUUCUAAGCCAGAGGUUAUGCUGUUGAAGUUGAACCCCCCUCGUUCUGCGGAAUGAUUGAGCUGCGUUCACAGUUUGGUUAAACGCAGUCUCAAUAGUUAAAAAACACUUUUCAGGCAGGCAUGAUGAGUUGAAUCGGAACAGCUUUUGCGGUAUUCUGUGCCGGAAGCAUUUGGGUGUUGUCGAAGGCAUUUUUGCCUUUCCCCGCGAAUUGCUUGUUGAUAUUGUGUAAUCCCGAAGAAGUUCUAGGAAUUGAGUGAUUCAUUUACGAUAGAUUUCGAACGAAGCUUAUGAAAAGCCAACUUUUUCUUUGUUUACUCUCCAUUUCCAUGGUAUGUUUUUAAGUGCUUGUACCAAAAAUUAG